CUCCAAUCUCCACCCUCGCCGUUGAACCACGACACCCAACCUCAACACAGCAAACCCUCGGCGACCUUCCUCAUGCCUCCAGCCAAAGCCAAGAAACUCCGGCGGGCCGCGGCCGCGGCCGCCCCCCCAGAGAGAUCCCCGGCGCCCCCUCCGUCCGUGGCGGAGACCCCUCCCGCGGCCGCCUCCCCAGAGAGAUCCCCGGCGCCCCCUCCGGCUGUGGCGGAGACCCCUCCCGCGGCCGCCCCGCCAGAGACCUCUCCGGCGCCCCCUCCGGUUGCGGCGGAGACCACUCCCGCUGCCGCCCCGCCAGAGACCUCUCCGGCGCCCCCUCCGGUUGUGGCGGCGACCCCUCCCGAGUCGUCGGAGGCUAGUGUUACGGGGUUGCGGAGGAUGGUGGCGGGAACGACAAGAUGGCGGUGGAGGAUCUCGGUGAGGUGGAGCGUGAGGAGGCCACCGGGGCGGAGUCCGUAGAGGAGGAACCCGACGAGGAGGAGCCCGAGGAGGAGGACCCAGAGGAGUCGGAGGAGGUGGAGGAGGUGGAGGAGGAGGAGGAGGAGGAGGAGGAGGAGGACCCUGAUGCGGAGGAUGAUCCUGAGGACGUGGAGGAGGAUCCUGAGGACGUGGAGGAGGAUCCUGAGGACGCAGAGGAGGAAGCCGAUGCAGUCGAGGAUGAUGAGGAGGAUACGGUGCUGGCGGCUGGGCCGGAGAAGACGGUGACUGUGGAGGGCGGUGAUGAGGAGAAAGCGAUGGUGACCGUAUCCAAGGAGGGCGGCGGUGAAGUUACAGGGUUAGAGUCUGCCAUGGUAGAGGAGCCCGAGGAGGCUGCUAAUGUGGACGAUGGACAAGAAGAGGCAGAAGAGGAGGAAGCUGAGGAGGCAAUGGAAGAGGAUGCUACAGAGGUCCCGGGAGAUGGCGCCGCACCAGAUGACAUGAAUGAACUAUCUGAAGAAGAACAUGAAGAAUCUGGGCAUGAAGGUACACAUGGGAAUAACGAAGAGGAUGGUGUUGCCUGCCAGUUGAGUGUCCAUUCUGAGGCGCAGAAUGGUGAACUUGACUCCUCAUUGCCUACACUAGGUUCAGUUUCAGUGGGCAAUACUAAAGACUUGCAAGUAUUUCUUCAUGGAUUGCCUAAGGAUUGUGCUGAGAAAGACAUUACAGAGGUCUUUUCUCAAUUCGGAGAGAUUGAGUCUAUUAAAACAAUUAGAAAAAAGAACGGCAUUGCAUUCGUUCGUUAUAUGAGCACUGAAGCUGCAAAGAAGGCUCUUGCCGAAUUUAAGGAGGGAGCUGAGGUGACAGGGGGAAGGGUUAAAGUAUUAGCUUCUAGAGGUGAUAAUACCCUUUACCUUAGCAACAUCUGCAAGAGCUGGACAAAAGAGCAGGUGCGAACUUCCUUGAGAAGUAUCGGAAUCGAUGGAUUUGAUAUGAGUUUACCCGUUGAUCCUGAAACUGGAGGACAAAACCGAGGGAUUACUUUUCUCAAAUUUGCUUCGCCUGACAACGCCAAAGCUGCAUCUCAGCUGCUACAGCAACCGGAUGCAUUGAUUACCAUUGUUAAAAGUGUGAAGGAAUCUGCUCAAAUCCCUACAGAAUCAAGUCAGGAGCUUGCUAUGCUGCAGGUUAAAACAGUAUACCUCGAACAUGUUCCUCUUUCUUGGGAUAAGGGCAAAGUUAAAGAAUGUUGCAAAGCAUAUGGGGUGAUUCUGGAUGUUCACAUUUUAAAGAAGUCAAAAACGAAAACUUCUUUUGUCGAAUUCUCAUCCAGGAAGAGUGCAUUAGCUUGUGUGGAAGGAAUAAACAGUGCCAAUAUUGGUGGUGAAGUUAAGCUGGCUGCAAGUCUUGCUCGACCACGUCGGGAAAUGCAACUGGACAAGAAGAGUGCUAAAGGUGGGGUCAAGGUCAAUAGUGAUGCAACUUCUAAAGACACCAACAAUUCUAUUAAGAAAAAGAACCAGAAUAGGGAGGUCAGAGUGAAGAAGGAUUCACCACAUAAAUUGCGAAAAGGUGAUGUGAGCAAGCUGACCUCACAUGUUGAUGCGGAAGUACCACAAUCAUCCAACCCAUCUAAAGGCAAACGGAAAGCUGGAAAGACUGAAAAUACCGCUGUAAAUGAAAGGGCACCGAAGAGGGCACGGAAGAAUCGUGGUGUUCUGACAAAACCUUCCAACAGAACAUCUCAUGGUGGUUAUGCUAGAGUUCCCUAUGCAGGAGAAUCUUCUGGAAACAUUAAACGCCCUGUGGGACCUCGAUAUGUAACUGGCAACCAAUCUUACCCCAUUGCGGGCGCAUCUUCCAGAUCUAAACCAAAUGCUCGUGACCUGGAACCUCAUGCUGGAUACAUCCCUCCUACAAACCGUGUUCGUGCACCUGCAAAUCAUGUUCCAGUCACCUAUGUGUAUGAUCAUCCGAGAAGUGCACCAUCCACUAUCCAUCACAUUGACGGUCUUCCUUAUGCUAGAGAAGUAGCAGCUCCACCACCAGCCUAUGGGUACACAAGCAAUCCUCAAUACCAGGAUGGAUAUGCAUACGCCUACCUCCCCCCGCCUCAUCCAAGUGUAUCUUACCACUACCCAGGAACCGGCGCAUAUAGCCCUCGAAGGAGAUACUACUGACUAAAAUCCUAGUGCCAAGUCAAUGCUUUCAUCUCAUGUAAUACUACAAAUACAGAACGUUUGCAGUUUUCAGGGACCCUCAUGUUGUUUUGCUAGAUGGCUGACGCUGGAAAGAAGUAAAGUUCAGUUUUGUCGGCGCUUAGGUCUUCGGUUUAUAUUUGAAUGAAAGUGCAUCAUUAGGAGAA